UGUCUCUUAAAUUAUGCAUUCUUGAACGAAGGUAUAGUGGUUUUUGAUCCACAUCGUACAAAGGUAUUAUCGGUGUCCUGCUUUACGUCAUUUAUAAUUCCACUACCGUUCUUUAUGUAUCUUUUAAUUCUUUUAUUAUUAUCAUUGCACAUAUUUGCUAGUCGGCUCGCUUCUGGCUGACAAAACAUUUUUUAACUAAAGAAAUUCGAAUAUAAAUGUAAACGUAAACUUAAUGAUAUAAAGUAAUAGGAAGAGGCUUCAAACUAAAAACUUUGGAACCUCUUCCUAUUUCUUUAGAUCAUUAAAUUUAUGUUUACAUGCGUAUUUGAUUGCCCACAUUCGUAUCAGCAAUUUUAUUCAAUAAAAAUGAAAUUAUCAAUAAUAAAUAAUACAAUUUCGUUCGAAGCGGAAUUCAGGCGCAAACGAUACGCGAUAAUCGAUAUCGAGAGCGGUCCGUCACGGGAAAAAGCCACUUUUCCGUAGGCUCGGACGUUUUAAGGAAGAGCCUGUGUGUCGUUUUCUUUGUGGAGGAAGGUCCUGAGAGGAGGUUCGGGCUGGCUCGAACUUGUUCGUGAGGCUAAACUAAUUUGCCGCGCGAGGGUGGACAGUUGGAGCCUCUAGGCGGGGUGACACGGGACCAGAACCACGGUCGAAAGGGGGACACGGGGUAGAGGGUGAAAGCGCGGACGAGAGGGAAGGGGAUUCUAAUGCCAUCGGUGGUGGGAGCAGCGAAUUCCAAGUGACCAGUAAAAGUGCCACCCCACACACCCGCCUCUCUUUCCUUUCAUCCCCCUUUUCUGCCUUUCUCUCCUCUUCGUCGCCGUUUCCUCUCCUCUCCCGCCUCUCCGCCCCGCAAAUCCCCUUUCCCUUUCGCUCCGACACCCCCGCCCUUCCGUCCCCUCAAAAGACCUCAGUGUUACCCGAGGGGAACUGUGAACUGGGGUAAAAGACUGCUCGUGCUGGGUCGCGAGGACGAUGUUUCUUACGGCUGUGUGCGUGUGCGUGCGUGUGCGCGCGCGUGUUUUUUUCAGCACACGUGUGUGCAGGUGCGUAACUUCGGAAGAGGAGGAAGUGCCUUGACGAAGGAGCUCCGCGACAGUGAUGGCUGGCCGUUAUCCAAGUCCCCGAGCUUUUUUUUACCACUAAUGACUUUUGUUACUUUCCUCUACACGAGAUAUAACACAUGUGCCGCGGAGAUAAGAUGGAGCGUGUCUCAUACGUAAUGUGUAGCUGUAUUAUAUUCUCGUUUGCUUCUGCUUUUCUUCUCUUCAUACAUAAAAUAUUUCUCAUGCAUACCAAAUCGAUUUGUAAUACAUUUUAAUAUCAUCUUAGUCAAUUGGAAAGCCUACAAUUUUUGAUGGGAACAAUAGAAAGAUAUUUUCUUGCUGGAAAAUACAUUUGUCUUGUCCGCUAAAGAAACAUUAAUUAUUUUCCAAUUUCUCAUUUAUUUCGAAAUUUCUUCCUGAAAAUAUUUUGCAAAGUGAGGGAGAAGAUCAUAUUGUUCGACAACGAAUAUAUGUACGAAGUAAGAGAAAAUUUGAGAGUCGGUGAAACGAGAAAGAAGGGAGCCUAUCCGUUCGUAGAAAGGCGUCGGCCCUGACUUUGAAAGGAAACGCGGGGGUGGCGGGCAGGCAGGCAAGCAGAGGGGUAACUCCGUGAGGGAAGGACGUUGAAUUGUGGAACGCGGAGACGGGGGUGCGGCGGCUACGGCGGGCUGGAGGGUUGAAUCAGCGCGGGGGUGUAUGGGGGAAUUAGUGGAUGGUCGCGGACAAUGUGGGGGAUACUUUCUCAUAUCAAGUAUGGCCGCCAUCGUGGCACGAUGGUCAAAACAAUACGCGCGAUCUGCCAUUAUUCCACCCUCCUCCUCACAGCUUUCCAGUGCGCGGUGAACAAAGUGGUGUUAUCGUCGCGUUACCGCCGGCACGCACGUCCAGACGCCUCGUCGGUGCUUAACAAAUGGAUAAUAACGAGGGAUCGUCGACGAGCCGUGAUUUUCUGGGAUGGUUUUACGUCCACGCAUCGCGCUGCUGAUCAGGACGGGCAACAUCUGAGGAAGAACGGGCUGGUCGCGUGAGAUCUACCGAGAUGUCAUCGAGCAUGACAUCGUCGUACGAGCCCACGACGGCGGCGGAGAUGACGGAGCUGGACAGCGACGGUUCGAGCUGCGGCGAACGCGACGUCUGGAAGCGCGUUCGCAGUGAUUCCGCUGACGCCGGGCCGAAAAAGCGUCGGAAACAGACCACCCCGGUAAGAGUCUCGUCUGGCCUCGCGGGCUUGCACGAGGAUGCGCGCGAGGACAAGCGUGAGGACGAGGACCUCGAAGGUAAGCCGUCGUCGCGAUCGCCGUUGCUGAGCAACGACCAUCACCACCAACAACACCACCACCACUACCACCAUCACCAUCACCACUCGCCGUCAUCGAAAGACGAGAAUCUGAACAACGAGUUCCGUUGCCAGCACUGCGGCCGGCUCUUCGACAGCGGCGAGACGCUCAAUGUCCACGUGGACGGCGAGCACGGUGGCGCGAGUCAGGUGACGCCAGCUGUCUCUAUCAAGGUAGAGCCGGCGCAGCAGCUGGACCCGACUAACGAAAGUCCUGUUAGCCUUUUAAGCGUUAAGAACUUCGCGUCCACGUGGCUGGCGUCCAGCAGCCAGCAGCACGUGCAAUCGCAGACGCAGAUGCAGCCGCAGAGCGAUGAAUCGUGGUCGGGCCCGGUCAAUCAGAUCGUCACGAUGACCAAUCACCUUCAGGCGCUCUCGACUUUUCCGGGCACCCUCGCGCAGUACCUACCCUUGCCAAAUUUUCCCCUUGCCGAUCCUCAGCUCCCUAGAUCCUCCCUUGGUCCUGUGCCGGUCAAGAUCUUCAAUCCGGACGCGUAUUGUGACAUGUGCAACAAAGAGUUUUGCAACAAAUACUUCCUGAAGACGCACAAGGCCAACAAACACGGGAUCUAUGUUGACUCGCCGACGCCAACCACGGAAUCUCUCAAUAUCUCCGGCGGCAACGUGUUUGCUGUCACAAAUUUUCAUGCAGGUAACGCGAGCGUAAAACUGGAGUCGCCCUCGACUCCGCCGCAGAAGCGUUUCCGCAACGAAGAUUCCGCGAAGAAGCAUAAACCAAAAACGCACAACGACUCGCCGAUAGAUCAGCAGUUAGACGGUCAGCAGAUCUCUGUGUCGCAAAGUGAGGAUGAUCGAGUGACGCCGCGCGACAGCCCCAGCGGUAUGGAGGCGUUCAUGAAGCAGGAAUACGGCGUCGAACAGGAGGAUGCGACCUUUAUGCCGGCCCCGAGGCACCUAUCGCCCCAAUCUAUCCAGCAAGCGCGCGAUUCCGGUUUCAGCGCCGACCUUCUACGCCGCCUGGGAGUUUUGAAUCCCGAGGCGUUCUGCGAGAUAUGCUGCAAGGAGUACUGUAACAAAUAUUUUCUGCGCACGCAUAAAAUGAAACGGCACGGCAUCGUCGUGCAGGACACUGAGAGAUCGCCCAGCAAUCCUGGCACAGCCGUCACCACUUGGCACCAGGUGCAAACAAGUCCGUUAAACUUGAUCGUGUCUGAAGCCGCCACCGGGACGGAAUCCAACGAUCGCAGCGGCGAGGAGUACGAGUGCAAAUCCUGCGAUAUUCGUUUCCAAACGAUUGACCUGUAUCAAGCGCAUUGCAGGAAGUUGCACGAAAGUGAAGAACGCGGGUCGCCGAAACAAGAAUACGAUCUGAAUAACUCUGAUCAGCGCACUGACACGAUAUCAGAGGACCUUCAGAAGCUGCAGACGAUGAUUAUGCAACUGAAUGGCCUGGAUUCUGGUAAGGGAUUAUCCUGCGCCGUCUGUAGUAGAGAAUGCGAUUCGAGGUCGGCCCUGCGCGUUCACAUGGCAACCGAACACGGUGUCGUCGGUGAUGAAACCACGUCGUCGCCACAGAAGUCACCCACGGUUAUUUCGACCGUUUUCUGCACUCUCUGUGAGAAGGAUUAUCCUAGUCAAGACGCCCUGAGGAGACACAUUAGCGAGGAGCAUCAACCCAUCGUGUCCACCGCUAUUACUCUGCCGACACUUCCGCCAACGGUAAUCGCCUCUUCCGCCAGUUCGACGCCGACCAGUCAGACUCCGAGCGGCCAAACGACGACGAUGACAGAGAAGAAGGUGUCGUCACUGACCCCCACGUCGAGCUACUGUGAGAUUUGCAACAAGGAGCUGUGCAACAAGUACUUCAUGAAGACGCACAUGCAGCGGAUGCACGGCAUCGAGAUCGAGAACGGCGCGCAGAUUGGCGGAGUCAUCUGCAACAUCUGCAAUAAAGAGCUGUGCAGCAAAUAUUUUCUGCGAGUCCACAAGCACAACACCCAUGGGAUUGUCGACGAGAACACGUCGUCGGGAUCGGCGUCGAACAAGCAAGAAUCCUAUGACGUUCCCAAUGCCGAGGACUCGACGCUGAAACCGGAGCAAUUGGGUGAUCUCAGUCAUAGAUACUUUACUCAUUUCACCGAGGUAUGUCCGAUCUGCAGUCGAAGGUUCCGCAGCAUCAAGUGGCUGAAGGCUCACCUGAUGGGCGACCACGGCAAAGCAGGGAUCGACAAAUGGCGCGAAAUGGAGCAGCAGUAUCAAGCGACGUCCAGAACCAGCGGCAGAAGCAUCGCUUCGACGAAGAACACGCAGCAAACAUCAAACCUAAAAAUUCCCAAUGGGUUCGAAGUCACCCAUCAGGUCAAGCCUGUCGAUUACACGAGCUUGGGAAAUCAGAUGCUGUCCAAUCUUCUUGGUUCCUCAUCCGAGGAGCAUCAAUUAAAGAACUAUCGCUGCGGUUAUUGCAACUUUACGACGCCUGUGCUACCUUUUCUCUUUCUUCACGAACGAUCCCACGUGAAUCCUCAAGAGAAUCUCGAGGGGGAUCGAGCGUUGCAAUGCCCAAUAUGCUCGCACGACUUCCAUCAGCCGGAGCUGCUUAAUCAACAUCUACUCGCCAAGCAUCAAAUUCCCUCUCUGUUGUCGCAGUUCCAUCAUCCUCUCAUGAAUAAUUUUAGAUCGGACAUUGACGUUAAGGCGAGCGACGUCAAGGAAAGAACUGAUUUGGAUACAAAAGAAGAUUGUGUGGGAUACAGUCCUCAAACCGAUCGAAAUGUUAUUGAACCUGCAAAAAACCAGCGGCAGGAUGACACCGCGGUGCAGGUGACACCUCAGGGCGUGUACAAGUGCGCCCAGUGCGGCUACGCAACGACGAAUCUGAAUCGCAUCAAGAAGCACGUGCGGAAGGAUCAUAAAACGAUAGGCGAUCCGACGGAAAGCGUGAUCGCCGAGCUCAGCAAGACCUUGAAAGACGUGGCGAACAAGCAGAAGAUGCCGGCCUGUUACGCGAUGCCGCAGGAUAUGAAUUCGAAUCCCGACAAGACUAUCAUGCAGCCGUUCCUGAUCGAGGAGCAGGAUUUGAUGCAGAUGGGCGCCGAGUCUAGUUCGGCGAAGAGAUUCGCGCCGGCUCUGGUCUACUUGCCGGUCAAGUCCAGAAUCAGCAAUGUCCUCACCGCCUCCUUCACUCUCACCCCCGCCUGAGUUUAAAUCGCGAUCAUAUUACCUCGCGUCAGCAUCUUGGGAGAGCGGCAGCAUCUGCAUCUGCGACCCGAGCACGUGGUAUCGGUUCCUAUUUAUCAUGUAAGACGAGCAGCCAGACGGCAAGUGUUAUUUGCAUUAUAAUACUUUGACGUUCCACUAAUUUUUACGUAUCUCUAGCGAUUUUUACAGGUUUUCCUAUUAUUGAUUAAGUGAGUCCUCCGGUUCCAUGUUGCAAAUUAAUAAAACAAGAUCAAAAUAGUCGAAUUGACACGAUACCGGACAGACGAGAUUAUUCUUUUUCUUUGAAGCUAAUUUUGUAUCACGUGAAAAAUGAUUUUAAAGCCAUUCAAUGUUUGAGAAAGUAAUUAUUAUAAAUAGAAGGAAGUUUUUAAAUUAUUUUCUUAGGCAUUAAUCGAUUUAAAAUCCGCGUAUUUCAAUUACAAUAUUAUCUUUGCAAAAGAAUAAUCCCACCUGGUGGUAUUUCGUCUCAAACAGCUCGCCGGGACGCAAGAUUGCUUCACAUAUUUUCUAAUACAUUACUAACUUGCAUGCUCGAAACACAAGGAGAUCGUUCUGAAGCAACAAGGAGUGGGACUCGUUUACACGUAUUUUAUUUUGAAAUAGUUCUCGAAGGCGACGAAUUUAGCUAACCGAAACGAUCUCCUUCGGAAGGGAAAACCUCCGAGAAAAAUAACAAAACGAGAUUGUUAUUAUUGUUCUAAGUAUAUACAUAGGGAACAUACUCGUUAUAUACUCUUGUAAAUACUUAAUCGUAACUAAUUAAAACACGAACGGGUGAUCGACAAAGUUCCUAUUUUAAACGCGAUAGGCUCCUUGAUAUCAAGAAGCUUCUACUCUCUUUGCUCCGCAUUUUAUUUCGUUUAUUUCUCUUGCUUUAGCAUCGAUUUUGCUUCCGCACAAGUGAACCAAAAAGAAAAAAAAAAUUACGCAAGAUAAGAGCGAGCAUUCGAUUGGCACUAAAUCCAUUCACCGUCUUUUCGACUUUUUCGACUUUUUCUUUCGCGACGGUUCUAGUCAAUAUUUUAUAUAUAAAUAUAUAUUGUAUAUUUACGUGAAUAAGAAGAGAGUUUUCUCAGAGAUAGGGAAAAUUUAGAGAGAUAUUUAUCAUACACAAAUAGAAUACGCUAGACUCCGAGAGACCGUCUGGCGGCGCUAAUUAGACGUGACCUAACGCUAAUUAUCGUCGCGACGUGUGCAGCCAAGAGGACGAGGGCAUGACAAAAACGAUAACGGAGGUAAUGGGGUAUCAAUGUGCCGAGAGAGAGAAUCGCCAACCAACUCAGGGGUGGACACAGUAUAACCCGCAACAAAAAGUACAAUCGUAUACACAGCCAACGCAUUACAUAGACUUUAAAUAAUUUUUAACUUAUAAUGAGAUAUAAUGCGCGUCUCAUAAAUAUACCGCGGAUAUAUCAAUAUAACGAUCGGCCCCUUCCUCGCCCGACCGUCUUGGGCGACGGGGUCGCGAAACGACCAAGCUCGAUCUAUUCGAAUAUUCGACGAACGCUCCCCCCCCCCCGAUUUAUAGAAGUAUGAGCUACAUACGAAAACUAUAUAGCACACUCGGAUUAUUUAACUAAGAGUUACCUAGCCUAGUCGGUAAAUGCCGCGGACACGUCCAGUCCGAAAUAAAAGUUCCUCCUUGAAAGCUGUUUCGAACCUCGUGCCUUUGCAGCUUGAGAAAACGCGUUACCCGCGAACUUCCUCGUUACCACGCAGGUCUCGAUAAGAUAUAUAUCCAAAAAUGUAUGGACGGGCCGAUCUGUUACGAUUAUAAUAAAUGUGGUUUCUGUCAGGUGUACUGUCUCUCUCGAUCGUGACGUGUAAUAGCCGAUCUCUUCCCCAAGUAACGUCGCAAUUGCGAGUCUUUUCCUUGAGUCGCGAAUAGCUGCGGAAUUAUUUCACGGAAAUGUGCCAUAAAUAUUUAUCACGAAAUCCAUUAUAGACAUGACUGUUACAUGACGCAAAAUAUAAAGUUUAAUGUGGUUUUAAAGAUAAUUUUACAGUAUCGUGCCCCUCUAAAAAGUUUCCAGGAAGAAAAAGAGGAAACGAUUGAAAUAUUUAAAUACUGGCUUAGAGAUUGUCGUAAAGAUUAAAUAAAUGAAAAUGCAAAUUGCGAUCGAUAAAAAAUUGACAUGAAUCUCAAUAGAAUAUUCAUACGAAUAUUGCGCAAAAUUUUCAACGAUUUCUUCGUCAACGCUCGAGUUCGAUCGAAAGAAUUGCUCGAAAGAACAGCUGUUGCCGCAAUGACCACACUCUCGAUAGCUGGGCGUGCAGCCGUUCUGAAUUGCCUAGCUUCCCAAACGCGUUUCACGUAGCACACCGGUGUGCCCAUCCCUCCACGAUGAACAAACAUGCACGAUGCAUUUCCGCCCACGCGACGCGCUGCCCUUGCUCUAUCGUAAAAUAAUAACUCUGCUUACUCAGUGCAAUCACGCUCUCUUUACUUACCGAGCAAUAUUUGGAGUGCAAAUAUUUUUUUCCAAAAAAUUGUCAGAGACAAAAUUUUAGCAGAUUUUAUCCGCUAUUUAACUAAUUUGGAAAAAUCUCCUAAAAACAAGUAUAGCAUAAAAUCGUGGUGCAGCAUGACGAAAAGGAGAUAUUUUGUGAUUAGACUCAGAAUCAAAUGUGAAUUAAUUUACAUGUAUUUUCGGAAAUAAUUAUACUUAUACAUAUUUUAAGAAAUUGGACAAAUGCAAAACUACGUGUUUAAUUAAUGAAUUAUCGGUAUGAUAAUUGACUUUGCAAUUGCGUGAUAAAAUGCUAAAAAUUUAGGUUGACGGAAAAACACAUGCGAAAAUAUAAAUUACGCUCCGUAAAAGGAGAUCGCUCCGACUGCUGUCAAGAAGUAACAUGCAAAGCGAUAAAUAACACGGAUCGCUUCCCACUGAAAUGCGACAUUCGGCGCUCGUCGCGUUCUGGUAAUGCGAAUUCGGCGCUGUCAGAGACGGCAAUGAUUUAUUCCGGGACGAUUUCCAUGGCACGAGCCGGUUUUUGUCUCAGGGGCCAUAAAAGUUUUCCCCGCGCGCGCGCACGCAGCUGAAAUUCGAGAACCGCGUCAUUUAACGGAGCACACGCAUACAUCGAUGCCGGGCAUUGCCGAAAAUUCGUCUGAAUUAGUAUGCGCACACGCGUGCAUUAAUAUGACUUAGGGGAGGAGAGAGGCAAUCGGCCAUUACGCAAAUCCAUCGAGGGAGUAGGAAUGAGAGGGACAGAGAGAGAGAGAAAGAGAGAAAAAUGGAAAAGGAAGAAGUGGAAGCGGUCGCUGGACGGAGGGAGAAGGAGCGAAUUUCGUUGGGGAAAAACGAAUUUUUAGCCGGCAUUGUCGUGCCGGCGAGACGGGCCCGGACAAAAUGGGCCACCACCAUCUGGUCCCCCCCUCUGGCGAGAAGGUCAGAGAGGAGGAAAGAGGUCGCGACCUUGGCGGGGAUUUUUCCGAAAAACUUUCGAGAACGAAACGACCCGGGAUGGGGUGAGGGAAGAACACGGCGUCCCACCCUUCGCGCUCCUACCCCCGCUUUGCCCUGGGUUCGUCUAUUUUUCUUACCCCACGUGCGCGACGCGCGCGGUGACACGCGAAACGCGUACGUCCAUGCAAAACGGCUCUACCUCGACCCCGCUCUUAAUUGUGUCCGAUGCAGAUACGCGUAUUGUGCACUUAAUGGCCCGUGCGCAUAACGCGUUACGCGCCGGGGAUGCCGAAUUUAAUUAUUCGAAAGGAGGAGAGGGCACGCGCAGAGGGAUGAAUGACAAAAUCCGGACGACGUCGGGGAAGUCAAGCGAUCGUGACGGAUACGAAGUAAUUCUUCUUUGGCGCUUUUCGAUGCGAGAGGCACAACGGUCAUCGGAUAUAAAAUAUCAGAGAAAAAUUCAGAUAUAUUUGACAGAUCGAAAUAUCAUUGAAUGCCAAACAAUCUGACGACAAGGAUGAUUAUUAGACAAAUAUUACUUUUAUCAUUUUUAAGGAUAUGGUUUAAUUUAAAAAAUUUCACUGUGUAAUGUUGAAUUCUCUCGAAUGGAAAUAUGACUAUCGUCCUCUUUAUCGAGCACCAAAGUCUUAUUUGUUCAAAACAAUUACUCAUCGUUAUGGGAAACUGAAAAUUAGUUUCAUUCACAUCGAUAUUGAUAUCCAAUUAACUUUUUUCUCAACCUACAAUAUGUCUUACAAUUUGGAGUUCCGGACGAUCGCUAAUUGUAUCAGUUAACCACGAAUGUCGACGCAUGUCGAAACCAAAGAGAGUAAGAGGGGAGAUUAUAAUAAAGUUCCGAGAGAAAUCUUAACGGCUCGCAUGCCCAAAAUCAGCAUUGCCUUCGUAACGUAAUUGAGCGCAAAAUCAAAAUUUUACCCGUAAACCAAACAAAAUUAUGCAAAGUAUAUAUAUAUAUAUAUAUAUUGUUCAUUAAUAUAUAUAUUAUUAAUUAAAUUAAGAAGGUCGUAGGUUAAGUGUAUUUCGUAUGUGAACGAUACGAGCAUGAAUUUACGUAUACACCUAAGUGUACACCGUGUAAUCCGUGUACGAUAACAACGGGGACGUACUAUCGUACGCGCUUUUGACAAGUGCAUACGAUAUAGAAUGUAUAUUUCGUGAAAUUAGGGGAAUUAAUUAGCAUGUCUAGUCAUUUUGGAAGCGAUUUACAAAUUCCUAUACCUGAUCUAGUCACACGAUGUAAUCAAGACGACAUUAAUCUCGAUUACCAGCAUAAUCGAUUUUUGUCGUUAGACCAAUCGCAUAUUUUUUUUUUAUAUAUAUAUAAGACUGCGUGAAACGAUAAAAGACACAUAUUAUUUUUGUUAUUUUAUAUUUUUUUUUAAGUACACGCGCGCCCGAGUUCUCGCAAUUAUUUAUUUAUAUACGUGUGAUCGAAGAAAACUUAUGAAUAAAAAUUUAUUUUCGUCUUUCUUUCAUUUUCGUUCCCUCGCUUUAUUUUUUUCGUCCUUCGUGCAAUAUGUUUCAUACUUUUAGUCGAUCUGCACAAUUUUUUUGUUUAUGAUUUCAGCAAUUAUCGAUACUGCAACCGGGGGAGAACGUAUUUCAUGUUAAGAACGGUGUUUGUUUCACCAAUAAAUACAGAGAUUAUUCUCGUAUCUCUAUCGAAGCAUCGAAAUUCGAACUCACCAGAAUUACAUCGGCUUCACACGCUCGUUUUAAGAUAUCAAGUUACCCGAUUCAGAGUUUGAUGGGCGGCUGUUAGACUGCCGCCAACUCAUCGGUUUUUGUUUUUUAAGGGUGUCGUUCCUAGGGUGCCUUUUUACCACCAGUGACAAAUGAUAUCUCAAACAAGUUAAAUUUGACAAAUUACACGCGCCCCUCGGAGUAUUUUUUGUUCAUUUGAAAGUGGAAGUUUCAACAGAGAAAAAAAUAGUAUUUAUUGAAUGUAACUUUUUUACCUUGUUUUACACAAAUUAAAUAGAAAGUUAAAACAACAAGGUUUUAAUUAUGUCGCAUUAAAUAUUUUUAAUAAUGAAAUCAUUUAGAAAAUGUUACAUAUUUGAAGAAUAUGUAUGUCAUUAAGAAAAAUUCCAAUAUAUGGUAUAUGAAAAAAAAAUCAAUUACACACUCAUCGCUAAUUUUAAAAUUUAAAUAAACGUAUUAUGUUCUGCUCUGUAAUUGUAUAACAUUUGAGCUAUGCUUUAUUCAAAGUGUAAAAAAAAGGAAAAAUUAUUGUUUAAUAUCAAAAAUUGCUUAUUGAGAAUUUCAUAGUCUAUAAUCAACGACGGACAUUAUUUUCCGUUCCGAUAGCAGAGAGCUAUCGAACGGAAAGGACGAACGAAAGGAAAAGCGGGUACGACGGUUUUCAAUCAGAAGGAAACACACAAAGUCGAUGGGAGACGAAGGCGCUUGCGCCACAUAAAAGUUUUCCUUUCGCUUGAUGGUGGAGUCGAGUCGGUUUGAAAAGGGAAGGCGGAAGGACUCGUCGUCCCUCUCGCACCGAGCGACGACCGACCGAUGAGUAAAUGACACACAGGCCCUAGCCCACCCCUGCGUCUCUACGUAAACACACAGACGUACGCGCGUGCACACGCUCGAAAAACGGAUGUCCACCCACGGACACACACGUCGACGUCCUUAGUGUGACGGGGAUGUGUAUAAAAAUCAAUAAUAUCUUGCGGUUUCCAAGAGCCCCGAAAAUGACGGAGGAAACGUUGCUCGAGGGUGACGUUCUUUGCCCGUGUAGACAAAAGAUGGAGAGUAUUUCGUUAUCGUUCGUUAUCGCGCGAUAAAAAACUCGAGGAUGUUGAUUCGUGGAUCUCACUGAUCUUACCGGAUCUCGCUUUACCUUUCGGCGAGAAGGAAUGAAUCAUAUUCCUAAAGGUAUAACAUUUGCAAGGGUUAAAUACGUUCACUUUGUUAAAAUAUUUUUAAUAUAAAAUAUUUAAUUCAGUUAUUAUAAUGAUUCAUAUUAUACAAAAAUUAUAAAAGUAUUUGAAAAAAUUUCAUUAGAGUCAAAUUUUAAUGUAUAUCUUGGUCGUUAAACACAUUUGUAUAUUAAUUCCUACUUUCAACAUUAAAGAUUUUGACACACCCUGAUUAUAUUGAAAAAAACAAGCAAGUUUCUACAGCGCGAGAUGCGCUUCUCUAAAACUCGAAUCUUAAAAUUUACAAGCCGCUCUCCAGCUUACUUUCAGACGACCGCCAUUCCGUCUUUCGUUUCCCAUGCCGCGUUCUACCCUCGUCGAAUACAAUAAUCGUGAUCGUUUUGUUUCCUCGUCAUUUAUUUACAAAAGGACCGCCAAACCAAGAUCCAAAGCAAAUUUCAGAAAAAGGUAUCGAACCAUUCGCCCCUUCAUUUAUCCAAUACGAUCCAUCCUGUUUCCCUUACCUCAUCAACCACCGCAGCUUAUAUCCCGAGGAAGUGGAUUGCAAUUAUCAAAGCCUCCCCCUCUCAAUUCCGCCCUUCGCUCCUACUUGGACUGGCCGUUUCGCAAUCCUACCCCUCCGCGUUCACGUUCCUUCCCUAUCGCCUUUCGCCAAAGAAAUUUUAUUCUCCAGUAAUAAUUUCACCACCGCCGUUAUAACCAUCACCACCACCAUCGCGACGGCUGUCCACCCCCGCUGUCGUAUCCGCAUCCUUUUCUCCGUUCUGAAACUUCUCCGCGGCCGCAAUCGACGUUUUGGACGAUCAAAGAAAUCCACACAAUUAGAAACGAAGGUCGAUGAAAUGCUUUUCCCCGCGGAGAAAAGAACCUCGUAAAAACCUCGCGAUUGAAGACGCAAGAUCUAAUUUGAAGAAGAAAAUCCAGCAUCGAAGUUAUUUAUAACAGUUUCAAGGAAACUGAAAGCAAUUAAUCAAUACUGUUUACGUCGCAUGCCUCGUAACAAAUUUAUAGCAUUUCUAAGACACAAUUUAUUUUUUUCAAUAGACUCUAUUCAUGCAGAGAUGAAAUCCAUAAUUUCGUCACUUUCGCGUUUCUUGUGUAGAUUUCGCAUUCUGUUGCUCGAUUCUUUAUUCAAUUAAUUUCUGGUAAUCAGUUUGCAAUUAGUGGUAUUUUUACAAUUGAGCGAUAAUUAAUUAAGAACGGACAAUGAUAAAUAUUGAGUCGUUUCAACGUUUGUUAUUAAAUUCAACGGACUAUGAAAUCUUAAUUGCGUAAACGAAAAAAUUAUCGCAAACAACCGUGUACGAUAUCGUUAUCCUUGAGAAUAAAUAAUCGUAUCGAAAAUAAUUAUCGUAAUCAAUUUCGUAAUCCAAAAUCAUUAACUGAUUAGACUUUACAAUCUGAAGAAAGAAUUAUUUUUAGAUUUCUGAUUUAUAAAAUACAUUAUGAUUAACGAUCAAAUAAAACUGUAUAUUUAAAGUAUAAAAAAGACGAUUAAAAUCCGCGUUCAUAUUUCAAUUCUGUCCGGCAAUUCAACCUUAUGAAUAUAUAUUAUAAUGUCACAUCUCAAGCAUCGCCAAAAAUAUAAAAAGUUUAAAGAUUGUUCUAUUACUACGUUUGACUAUGUACGUAAAAUUUGAGCACAAUUCCUUUGGUGGUUUAAAAGUUAUUUAAUGUUCUGUUUGCUUUUGUUUUUUAUGAUGAAAAAGCUUUUUAUAUUUAUUUGCAAAUUUGAUGAGAAAGUAUAUUAAAAUGUUUUGUUGUUGUAAAAAAUAAAUCUUAGAAGCGGUUUUUAAAUUUCGAUAACUUUUGUAUAGUAAAUGUUUAGCUGAAACAUUGAUCCUUAACUCCGAAUUCAUCGUCGAAUAAGUUUGACGCGAUCCAUCGUAAAUUCAGAACAAUAGUGAAGCGGGGACGUCGAUACUUCGUGAAUGCUGUACCGCGAUUUACCAAGCAAACCCUUCGAUAUCAUGCAAAAAAAAGUGAGAAGAAAAGAAUCAAAAACAGUUGUCCCGGCGUGGCGUGGAGGAACCCUUUCACGAUUUCUCGAACUCGCGUCGCGAGUCGCACCACCGCGUUUCCAGCCGAGCGAUUUCACGAGAAGGGUGAAAGCGGAGAAUCCGCGAAACGGGAAUCGAAGGGUUGAAAACGGGAGCAUUGUGCGGUCGUGCGUCUGUAUGCACCCUCAAUGGCAAGGGAGGUGAAUAUGCCUCGCGCACACAACCCUUUAUUUAUUUAGCGCUGUGUCCACGUGCCGGGUGCGCGUACGCGUUUUCCCCAUUUCAACGGAUUUCACCCCAAAUUUUCAGCUGGCACGUCUCCCUCCCCCCUCCCCUCCUAGCCGAUUUACACAAUAUUUUGGAAAUCCUUUAUAAGAUUUCGCUUCUCUAUCUCCCCAUCUUGCACCGCCGUCGGCUUAGCGUGUAUUCGCUAUUGUUAGGUCUGCACGGCCCCUUUCGCAACGACUGACGAUGCCAGAUGGGUGAAACGCGUCGAUCGUGAAGAACUGGCGUUAAAAAAAAAGUUUAUAAAACACCGCGGAAUUCGUAAAAUUAGGGUUGAGCCACGUGAGAGGAACAUAGAGACUCCAGGGGCGGGCCCUUGUGUGACACGUGUCGCGUUUUUUAGCUCUUCUUUUUAAAGAAGAAAAAGUAAUAUAAUGGCGAGAGUUAAACUUUGGGAAACUUGCGGAGGGUGGAAAUUUGUUUGAGAUUUCAUUGCGCGAAUAUAUGUAUCGUAAAUUUUUAUCGAGAGAUAAACCGAGAUAAAUCGGAAACGAUUUUUUUUAAUUAAUUCAAUAUUUAUCUUGAUUAAUUUUUUAUCUUAAUGGAAUCUUAAUUCGAUGAAGGUCGAAAGUACAUUUUGAUUUUCUAAAAAAUAAUUAUCAUUUAUCAUACAGAUAUAAAAACGGAUAUAAAUACGGAUAUAAAUUUAAAUUAAUAAAAAUUUCUCAGCUUUUGUGGAUAAAUUUAAAAUUGUUGAGUAACAUUAAAAUUAAAAACAUUAAAAUAAAAUAAUAUUAAUAUAUUUUUGUAUAUAACAGAGAAAAAAUUUUUUUAGAAAAGAAUUUUAACUCGUUUAUGAGUAAAAAUCGACAAAAUAUUAUAUAUCGAUAAUGAUCACUAUCUCAUAUCAACUUGAGCUGUAUUUAUUAUAAAAAAGCAAUGCAUGUAAAUAAUGCAUAAUUAUUAAAAUCACCCAAAGAACGACACCGAGCGAAGUGAUGGUAAUUUAUUUAACACGUUUUCUUUAGUUGCGUUUUAUUCUCGUUUUUUUUCUUAAAUGAUUCGUAGUAAGACGAUGCUUAUUAACGACAAUUAAUCGAUUGUUUCCAUUAAUAGCUCGGAAAACUCGAAUAUGCAAUUACUUCAAACUUCAAUGAGCUUAAGACAAUAAUGACCAUGGGAGCGUAAUUACAAGCGCCAAUUAUUGCAGUACGCACACGAAAUAUCCAGAAUAAUAAGAAAAAAUUGCUUAAUAAAUUUUACAAUGCAGUAAUAUUUAAAUUUUGAGUUGAAAUAGCCGUAACUGCUGUAUACUCAAAUAAGAAAUGUUUCAUUCCAGGAUAUUAAAAUGUUUUAUUUUUGUCUCCGCUUUUUAAAAAUAUUUUAACUUUAAAUAGUAUUUGAGUUUAAAACACUAAAAUAUUUAAACUGUUAAAUUUUAGUUUUAUUACUUUUUAAACGUUUUUGUGUUUUAAACAUCAUUGGAAACUAAAACAUUUUUAAGUAUUUGAAAACGGAGACGCAAAAUUAAAUUUUAAUGUUUUAAAAUUAGACACUUGUUUUUUGAGAGCGAGUAUCCUCAAAUCAUCUUAAUUACAUCAAUUUUUGCUUUUACAAGAAAUCAAUUUACAAGAUUCAGUAAUUUAUAAAAUAAUAAUUUUGCAGUAAUUUUCCUGCAAAAUAAAUUACGUCAUCGAAACGCGAGAAAACGAUAAGUUGAUUUUUGUUGCUUCCUUUGAUUUCUUGAGACGAGCGCCUUUGGAAAUUUCCUAACCACUAUCUUCAACACCCCGUAUAGAUGUUGCUGAUAUUGUAAUAACGUUCGGAUGACGUAACUACGGAAUACCAGUCCUCAGGAAUCGCGUGGCUACCUCAGCAAUGAAUUUUUACAAAUUUAUCUUUACUCAGACAUCUGCGGAGAUGACGCGCGUGGAGCGCUCGCGUGAAGAAACGUCGCGGUUAUCGCGGGCGUUUAUCAAAGAUGACCUUGCGCAUCGACGACGACGGCGACGAAGGUUCGCGUCGCGCGAAGAAAAUUCAGUUCCUAUUACAUUGUAAACGCCUAGGUUCCUAAAUUGAGCUUUAUCGAGCGACACGUCAGGUUAGUCCGGUCGAAGUAGACUCGUUACGUCGAACAACGUUGGAUAGAACUGGACCAACCGUAUCCUAUUCGCGCGCGCACACAUCGAUACACCUCAUUCAAUUGGUGAGCGAAAGAAGCGUAGUAUUGUCGAAACGAUAUUACUGUUUUUUACGUAACAAUUUCGAAUAAAAAUUAAUUGUUCUGUCGAGAAGAUAAAAAUUGCUUGAAUAUUUCAUUGCAAAAUACACUUGGAGCGAGAAACGUGGAGAUUGAAAAAUAGUAAAAUAUCUACGGUCAUAAAUAUAUAUGAUCUUACGUUAAUUUUGUCUCACGUGCUAUUCCUAGAAACACUCGAAAGAGAAGUGUUUAACUUUAAGAUGUUAAAAUGUUUUAUUUCUGUUUGUUUUUCAAGUACUUAAAAUGUUUUAAAUCUAAACACCGAUUAUAAAACUGAAAUAUUUUCAAGUAUUUCAGAAACGGUAACACGAGUAAAAAUAUUUUAAUAUCUCAGAAUUAAACAUUUCUUUUAUAAGCGAUAUUUGUCUUAACUUUUUAAAAAUCUGUGUUUUUUUUUCUUUCGCUUAUCAAUUCGAUACAGACGCGGUCGUACAUGUGCGCGGUGCGCGACGUUGUAAAAUUAAGCAUUAUUUUAAGAGGAUAAUAUAGAGUUAAGACACGUAAUACGUAACGCAUGUACAUGUACAAUGUGUAAGUUUCGAGGAUAAUCAAAAUUAGAUUAAAUCGACGGGGCGAUACCGCAAGGAGAAAUCUAGUCGACAGGGCGAUAGGUACUUAUAAAUUAAUAUGAUCGUAAGCAUCACGAUUCAGGGUCCUCCUUUCCUUGACCGACCACGAGAAUAGCAUAAUUAAACUUGUCUACUGGGUAAACAAAGAAAAAAGUACAAGUGUGAUGAUAUCGGGUUGAACACACACACACACACACACACACACACAUACUACACACACACACACACACACACACACACACACACAUACUUACACGCGACGAAUUAUUAAAUAUUUACCAGAGUGUGUGAAUUAGGAUAUGUACAUAAACCCGCCGAGAAGAGUCACCAUAAUUUUCUAUAUUACUUUACAGGCUAUAGCUAUUGCGAGGUGUACGCAAUGCUACACUACUGACAAGUGUAAACUUACCGAAAAGCAUAAAAUCAAAAGACUGUAAUCGCACGAUGAAACUGUGUGACGAGUAAUUUCCGCCUUAUCUUUCGACUGCAGAACAUCAUUUUGUCUGGUUGUCAAAAAAGCAUAAAUGUACAUCGAAGAUUUAACAUGUAUUAUCUAAUACUUACUGCUACGCAAAUGUGUGAUGAACAUAAUCAAACUAGAACAGAUGCCAUAGCGCUUUUCGUGACGAUUAGAACGCAAAUCUUUCUAGAUUCUUCAUUUGGACUUUCCAUUAAUAAUUUUGGAACGUAAAACAAUCGGGUAAUCAUUUUAAUUCAUUUUCAUUAUAAUGUUGAAUUGACGUCAACAUUGCGUGUCUAUCUUUGCGAAGGACGACGAAUCACAUCAUUAACGGGUCCUGUCGUAUAUUUUUGCCAAAGUUCUUCUCGAGGACGAAUUAGUUUUCAAAUAUUCUGCCAACGUUUUAGAUCGAUAAGACUCACGCAGAUAUAUCGUACGUUAGCUUUUGUACGUGACACGAGAGUUUCGUAAACAAUAUCGAUCGAUUCAUUACGGUAAUCGUCACCCCCCUCCCACCUUAAGUGUAAUUUAGCGUUAAGAAGCAGCAGCAGCAAAACGAACGUUCCUAUUAUAAUGCUUUCAUCUACCGUAUAUAUUUAUAAAUAUUUAUGCGAUAAUAUAAUUAUAGUGUUUAUACCGUAUUCUCUAUGACGUUUUCGUUUUGAUAUUUUCAGGAAGUGGCAAACGGUAAGUUUAGUACGAUCUAACUGAGGUUAAGAAUUAUUGUGUAUCUAUAUCUGUGAGAUAUAUAUAUAUAUAUAUAUAUAUAUAUAUAUAUAUAUAUAUAUAUAUAUAUAUAUAUAUAUAUAUAUAUAUAAAGAUAAAUAUAUAAAUAUAUAUAUGAAGAACUGAGAGUAAUAUGAUGUGUGUAUGAUUAAAUUAAUUAGAAUGAAAAAAACUAUUGCGAGAGAGUGCACGCGUCUUCUGUAACUGAUUUGUGUAAAAGACUGUAUAUCAGUCACUCGAAACCUUAACUCGUAUACAAAUCUAUUUGUACUUGACAUAUGUAGUAUUUUAAUUGAAAAGCCAAAUCGAUAGAGAGAUAUAUAGACCAAGAUAUUUGAUACGUAAAUAAAUUUAAUACGUAAAACGACGGCCGCUAUUUCUUUUACACAAAUUAGAUAUGUGAUAUGGACGGAGAGUGUGCUGUGCUUUGGUGUCAAAAAAAGUAUUUUUACCUUCGAUCGAGAGAUAUUUUUGAAAUUCACGUACGAUCGUGACGACGAUUUCGUCAUAGAGGUAAUUCCUUUCGCGUGCAUCUCUGCACCUUACUUAUAUGUAUAUCUCUCUCCUUCGUGCACGUGCAUUUUUUUCGAGGGCGGCCCGUUGGCCUGAUCGCCGACGAGCGACUGAGGGUACAAAGUGUGUGAGAGGGAAAAGAAAGUGGCGUAGGAGAAGGAGAAAUUCAAAAUCAAAAUAUUCAAAAUCAAAAUUACAUUGUAAGUUCAUAGAGAUUGUUCGUCGAUAAAUAUUAUUUGUUAGCCGAGAAUAGUUGGACACGUCCAAUAAUAUAGUCUAACAAACAUUAA